AUGAUAAAUUCACUGCGACUAAGAUCAACAAAUCAAGCCAAUUCAACACAAACAACAACACCUCUUUUAGAUAGUUUAAUAAAUACAAAUGCACAAGUAGCUUUCAAAAACAACGAUGUUGCAAAAUCAAUCGAAGCACAUGUACCUAGGAAAAUAGAUGAUGAACCACAUAAAAGAAAAGGAACAUUAUUAUAUUUAAAAUCAUCGAUUUCUUUUGGAUCGUAUGCAGUGUUAAUUUGUAUAGCAACAGUAAUUGUACUUGAAACAUUCUUUUCUUUUAUUGCUGAACUACCGGGUUCGCAGUAUCGAGAGAAUGACAGUCAUCGGAGUGUGUUGAUUCUGACGAUACCCAUACUCACUGCGAUAUCGAUGGCGUUUGCAUUUGUAGAGGCAUCGAACAAACGAUUGGAAAUCAACUUUUACGAAUCAGAGAAACGUCGAGAGACAUGGGAGUACGAUAACUAUGUCGAAGGCGAACAACGAGAGAUGGUCGAUCUCUACUGUAAAAAAGGAAUGGCAAACGAAGACGCGGUUCAAGUUGUAACUUUAUUAAGUAAAUACCGUGAUCUUUUCAUCGAUAUCAUGAUGGCCGAAGAAUUGAAUUUAAUAUCCGCAGAGUUAAAUCUAACUCCUUUUUAUAACGGUAUUUGGUGGAAAGAAGGUUUAAUAUCUGCUUGGAAUGGUAUAAUAUCGAUUGUUGGAUCUAGAGGUACUGUUUAUCUAUUAAGAUUAACAAUGAUAUAA